AUGGAGCUGACAUCUGGGUGUUUUCUGCAGCAUCUGCGUUUAGAUGAAGUAUGCUGCCUGUUGUCAGUAAGGACGGCUGUGGCACUGGCAGAGGAUUUCCAGCUCCUGGACGUUCAUCAAAAGGAAUUACCUGAACAGUUACAUGGCCUGGCUACUCCUGAAAUAUGUAUGGCUCAGGGGACCACGCAGAGCCGCCGAGACGCAUUUUCAGCUCACAUCAAACCAUGCAGCACCGCAGGCUCCUACACGGCAACCAGGGGCUGGCACAACGAGGAGACGAUCGACGUGGGAAAAGCCCAGGCCAGUGAUAAAGGAGAUCUUCACAGCUGUGCCCAUCUGCAGUUUUAUUGCUUUCUCCACUCUGUGACUGACCUGAAUAAGGACCAGAUCAUGCUGCUCUUGGACUUGCUGGACCAAAAUACGAGGGAGAGGAUUUGCUUUAAUGAGUUCUACACGGUGACAUGCAUCCUUCUGUCCCACGAGAACCAUCUUGAAAAGCAGUUCACCCACCGGCACUUGGAAGCCACAAGGUUUCUCUUCAACAUCCAGAAAGAAGAACUUAAGAAUAUAUUCAAGGACUUUGAUAUAGCUGGAGAUGAGCAACUGAACUACAAGGAAUUCAAGAUGUUUGUUCUGUAUUGA